GCAACUUGACUUACGCGGCUAUGCAAGGCGGACGAAGACGUGGCGAUGGCUUGCUCACCGCCACGCCUACGGCAUGGUAUAGACGCUCUCUCAGAACCUCCCCGACCAACGAGCGUAUCAUCAUGCCAACCCGAACUUCCGCCUCAUUCCAUCACGCCUACACCUGUGAUAGCACCGAGCUUUCACCCGCAUGCUUCAUCCAUCUCGGCAGCGUUAGCCGCGCCAUCACAUCUCGCUCCCAGCCACCACUGCCAGGACCCGCGAGAGGCAGCACACAUGGCGCGCAAACAGAAGUUCACGAUGGGCCCAAGGGCGGAUUGCGAGAAGUGCCGACUGGGCGUGAAGGGACAUUGGAUGCAUUUUGACUAGGGAGGUUGUCUGGGUUCAUGCUGUGCGUUCAUCCAUGCAUUGUGCUGCGUUCAACAGUCCACGGUUCCAUGAUUCCGCGCUUUGAUGUAUUGGUUUUGGAUCAUCGUGCUUUCUGACUAUUCAUAUGAAUCGAUUCGACAUACCAAGACUGCAAUUUGCGGAGGCGAGAUACUAUACGUUUGUUUCUGCGGCUCUUUCGAUAACACUGAUGUUCAAUUUACACUGGAUGCCCUGCUUGUCCUGUCUGCCGAUGGAUUGCGUUCAGGAUAUGCACCAGCGGGCGUUGACGCACAUAACCACACAAGCACACAAUGCGUCAACAAGUACAACCAGCUAUCAUAUCCACUCUAAUCUCGCUCGAGCUGUCUUCCACACAAUCGCGAUACACUUGUUUCAGCAGCCCAUCCUCCUUGCCCAAAAUACCAUCGGAAACCCACUGCAGAAGUCAGGAUCGUCAAUGUUCAGACCGAGCUUUGGAAAAUGGGACUGACUGAGAUCCUUUGUAGCAGGAGAAAAUGUUGGGAGCCAUGCAACAGGGUGUGUCAAUUGACCCCGUAGAAUCCAGAUAUAAUUCUCACUUCAUUAGUCGAAUAUUACUUCUCAG